CAUCUCAUAUCAACUAUUCCAAUCCACCAAUCAAACUCUACAAAGAGUAGGAGAGAGAGGGAGAUGUUGGAAGAUCUCAUAAGCUCUCAGAAGCUAAGUGAGAUGCUAAAGAAAUGGAACAAAUUGGGUAAGGGAAAGAGAAAUAAAGGGCAUUUUGUUGUUUAUACAAAAGAAGGUAAGAGGUUUGUAGUGCCUUUGCAUUUUUUGAAUCACCCCAUCUUUCAAGUGCUGUUGGAGAUGGCUGAAGAGGAGUUUGGCUCAAUGGGACAUGGCCCACUUAAAGUUCCUUGUGAGAAUGAAUUGAUGGGUUACAUUGUCUCUUUGCUAAGAAGGAAUCCUCCCCAUGAAGUGCAGAAGGCCCUUGCUUCAAUCACCACAUUUACAGGAGCUUCCCUUUCUUCAUUUUUCCCUCUUUAACAUGCAUGCAAUCAAGGACAUGACACCAUGGUUUUGUAAGGUGUUUGUCCUUUUCUUUUCUUUUCUUUUUUUUCUUUUUUUUCUUUUUUCUUGCUAGCCCUUUGCUUGAGGUUUUUUAGUGGAUGCAAAUGUGGCUCAUGUCAAGAGAGUGCAUGUUUUUUCUGUGGUAGACUUUUUUUUCUUUCCUUGCAAAACAUUGAAUGCAGGAGAGUUCUAUUUUCCCCAUGCCGUGUAAGCUGAUGUGGUUUGCUUCUUGUCAAUUACAGAACACCAUUAGAAGAAAAUGUGUGAAUAAUCACAUUCCUUACUGUUCAA